AUGGCGGAGAAGCAGAAAAGGAUAGAGAAGACGCGAGAAGGAGUUCCCAUUUGGGAUGGAGAUGCCGGAACAUAUCAGGAGUUUGAAGAGAGCGCUUUGCUGUGGGAGCAAUCCAUUGCAAUGCACAAGCGCUACUUGUGCGGCCCGAGGCUUCUCACAGAGCUGACGGGCACUGCUCGCAGGUUCACUGUGGGCAAGCAUCCCGAAUGGCUCUCCUUCAAUGGAGGCGUGCAGCGGCUUCUGACGUACCUGAGGUCAAACUUGGGCCUUCCACAGAUGCCUGAACUGACGGAUCAUUUGAGCCGUUACUUCCGGCAGUCCAGGCGCAAGAAGGGGGAGACCAUGAAUGAGUACGUCACUAGAAAGUCAGAACUGUAUGCAAGAGCUAGGCAAGGACUUCACAGGGUGAUGUCUCACUAUGAGAAAAAGAAGCCAGCGUGGGAGAAGAGCUACGGCGGCUAUAGCCGUCCAGGGUCCACCGACCCUUGGGCCAACUACAGGAGGACACCCUCCCUGGCUGGCAGUCAGAACCUGAGUGCUGAGGAGAUUCAGGAUGAUCGGGAAGCGCUUGCUCGACCUGAUGAUCAAGCUGAGGCCACCGAGGAUGCAACUGAGGAGCGAAGCUCCACUGGUCCAGGUCCUUCAGGAGACUCCUGGAGUUAUCCGGACUGGUGGUCAAAUGACUGGUGGAGUACCUCUUGGACACCUUCCGAGAAUGCCGACUGGAAUGUGGAAGCCCCUGAACUACUACCAGAGUAUGUUCAGGGCUGGUACCUCCUGUUUGAUUCUGGCCUGGACACCAACGAGCGCAACAUGAUCGUGGCAGCCCUGAAGGGCGACUUCACUAUGACCCGAGUGGCACAGGAGCUACGCAGCCAGUGGACUGAUGAGGACCUGCGUCGUCGAGAUGCAGCUAAUCGUCACUCCAGCUGGUGGGUGGAUGAGAAUGAAGAGGCCGAGUCUGAGGACUAUGACACUGCCUGGGUUGCCCAGGCUCACCGCAACUUCAAUGACGAGGGCCUCGCACUCCUGGGUGAAGCUGAAGAUGUGGCUCAAGAAGCCCUAGCCAUGAUGGAGCGCGGGCGUCGCACCUUGAAAGAGGCCAGACAGAAACAACAUCAGGUGAGGAUGUCCCGGAAGUACUACCGCACCAACUUCAAGCCCUCUGGAAGCACUUCGGCUGUAGCUUCUGGCACAGAUCAAAAGUGCUUCCGAUGUGGUGGUCCUCACAAGACUUCAUCAUGUCCAAAGGCAAUGGCAACAACGACAGCCUCUUCAGCCGAAGAGCAGGCUGCACCUUUCAUCUGUUUUGCACAAGACCAGAUCACCAAGGACCAUGAGAUUGUGGAGCCCUAUGUCCCGGACGACCACGAGGUGAACUACCUGGAUGCUGGGUUCUCCGAUGCUUGCCCAGAGGCCUUCUUUGAUGUUGCCGACACCAACAGCAUAGGGCCUAUCUCCACUCAGAUGGCCGUCGAACAAGGCAAGGCUGUCGUUGAUGGAGGGGCUACAAAGACCCUUGGCAGCGUGGUGGCCCUCGAGAAGAUCAUUGCCCUCAACAAGUACAAGCAUGGGACUUCUCGUUUGGCCGACCUUGACUUGGAGAACAAGCCUACGUUUGGUUUUGGAAAUUCAUCAAAGAACCAGUGCGUGUCCACAGCCUCACUCGAGGUUCAAGCUGAUGGCAAACCUGGACAAGUACAAGUACAUGCGUUGGAUGCGGGAGCAGGACCUGUGCUGUUCUCCAUUGAGUCCUUACGGGCCUUGGGAGCAAUCAUCGACUUCUCUGAGGACAUGGUCGUCUUCCGCAAGAUCAACCCGUCCAAGAUCAUCAAGAUGGAACGUUCGGCCACUGGCCAUCAGCUGCUGCCCAUGACUCAGGAUUGGUACAGUGAUGCUCGGAGCACUGCACAGCCAGAAUUGGUGGAAGAGCUCCUGAUGACCUUUGGCGAAACAGCUCCAAAACAGUGGAGCAUCAUGGAGAUCGAGAGUCGCCUUUUGGAACUCAAGGAAGCCAACGGGAUGGUCACUCAGAAAGGGAAGGUACGGCCACCGAUGCGCCAUGCCAUGAUCGAACUGAACAAGGCCAGCAAGAAGAAGUCCGACCUUGUGGACUACGUGAACAACAAGCUCAUGGUGAAGACCCGCGGCACCGAGACCAUUCAGGAGCUGCAGCGCUUGGGCACCAAGAAGAUCUACCAGACCACAGCCGCCUCUCCGGAGGACCCUGUGGGGUUCGGGGAACACUGCAGUCUGCAGUACCACGAGCUUCUAGCCCAACACCCACAGUAUGCCAGCUGGGUCGUGAAGACCGCCACCGAGGGGGAAUGCGACUACCGCCUGGCCCGUCUGGCCAAUUGGCUCCAGAGCCCAGAGGCACAGCAUCCGAUGCCGACCUACAAGCAGACCUCCAGCGGCUACAAGAACACAUCGACGCCGGCCAGCGGCUCGAAUGGCAAGACCGAGAACAUGAUGAUGCAGAUGAUGCAGAUGAUGCACGCCCUCAAGGAGGACGUGGACAAUCUGAAAGCCGAGAGGCCUCACAAGAAGGUCGAAGCAUCCAGUGUCUCCGAGAUGACAGAGUCAUCCCCAGGCUCUUUUGUGCCGAUCCCACAAUUGAUUUCGAAUGCCUUUGAGGCCCUGCUAUCACACCAGCGCAUAGAGCUGCUGGAAGUGGCAUGUUCGGCCGACAGCGUGCUGUCUCGCACCAUGCAACAAAAAAAAGGUGACGAGGGUGCGGUGGGCAUUUGUGAACAGGCUAUUCAGGGUACCAAGACUCUCAUGAACAAAAUAGCUGAAGAUGACCCAGAAGUCACCGCAGCAGAAGCUUUGGCUGAAGCCACUAGGACCUUUAAUAGCCGAGAACUGAUCCGAGGCUAUUCGCCCAUCCAACAUGCCCUUGGCCGUGCGCCUGAUGCCACCGGGCGACUUUUCCCUUGCGGCCCCAGUGAAUGUCCAGAGCUGCUGGUAGAGAACGCCUCUGGCGAGAUGGAUCGCCAGCUCCAGCGAAUGCAAAGUGCGGAAAAGGCCUUCCUUGAAUGGACGGCAAGCCAGAGACUCCAAAAAGCCAAGAACUCAAAACCCAGAGAUGUCACCAACUAUGAGCCAGGAGACCUAGUGUAUGUGUGGAGAAAGCAAGUGAGCGGCCAAGCAGCCAUUAAAGGUGGCUCGUUUGUGGGGCCAGCCCGCAUCCUGGCGGUGGAGCAACAUCGCUCUCCCGACGGGACCCACAAGCAGGGCAGCUCAAUUUGGUGCGUCAGAGGGAGAAGACUUCUCAAGUGCUCCCCAGAGCAACUACGUCGAGCCUCCGAGCGGGAGGUCCUCUUAGAAGAACUACAUGCCAAACAAUACGAUGACUGGGACUUUGAUAGAGUAGCUCAACAACUUGGAGGGAACGAGUUUCUGGAUGUGUCCACCGAAGUACCCUCUUAUGCAGAAUGGCUACGAGCUCAAGAUCCAGUCCAAGAAUGGCAACCAAUGAGAAGAUGUGCAAGAAAACGAGGCCCCAUGGUAGAUGAGAUGAGUGGCAUGGGACCGGCUCCUCCAACAUCCAGGCCAACAGGGCGAUCCAGGAGUCCAACUUCCAGGCCUACGCCUUCUACAUCUUCAGGAGCACCCGUGUCACAGAGGCCUCGAAUGAGUGCCCAACAAGGCAUGGCUGCUGCCCCACCAUGGUGGAACCAGUCAAGUAUCCAGGAAGUGUUUGCAGUCACCGAGUGCACCUUCUGGAUGGAUGAGACCGCGGCCGUGGCCGUGGAGGUUCCCAUGCCAGACACACGUGCUGGAUCUGAACGAGCUCUUCGAGAUCUCCCUUCUUACUUUGCCAGUAGCUUGAAGAAACGGUCAGCAGUUGAAGUCUGUGAGCGUCACCUAUCUGAGGAAGAGCGACAACAGUUCCGAUCUGCAAAGGCCGUGGAAGUGAGUAACUUCAUAGCUGCCAAGGCUUUUGAAGCCCUUCCAGAGAAACUUCGCCCAGCACGCGAACAAGCAGUGAAGAUGCGUUGGAUUCUGACAUGGAAGCAGAAGGAGGAUGGCAGCCGAAAGGCGAAAGCCAGAGCCGUUCUUUUAGGAUACCAAGAUCCCUGCUAUGAACAGAGAGCAACGACUUCUCCAACCACGACUCGCCAGACCAGGCAACUGCAGAUGCAAUUAGCCGCUUCAUAUCGCCACAAGAUGCGAAAAGGUGAUGUGACAGGUGCUUUCCUGCAAAGCAGGCCAUACCCUGAUGACCUUUUUUGUAUACCAUGCCCAGAGAUCUGUGAAAAGAUGGGACUCCCAGCAGAGUCAAUCACCAAAGUGAAGAAAGCCUGCUAUGGCUUAGUUGAUGAGUCUGAGAAAACACAGCUUCGGGCCUUGCUGGGAGGGGUCUCAUGGCACGCACAACAAGUUGCGCCCCACUUCAGUGCUGAAGUCGGCUUGCUGUUGUCAGAGGUGAACAAGAGUACUAUAGAGACCAUUUACAAGGCUAACAGGAUCUGCCGCAGCCCCGGAGCAGCAGAAGCAGCAGCAGCAAACAACGGAGAAGAUCUCCUCUUUUUUGCGAGAUUCCAACUGGCAGAAAUGAUGGGAGCUCAAGUCAAUGUGAGAGACAUCAACAGUGUCGUCAACCAGAUCAGUGGAUGCCUGGUUACUGACUCCAGGAAUGUGUACGACAAGUUAGAGACCGAGGUCUUGUCCGUGAAGGGCGCUGAGAAGAGAACAGACCUGGAGUUACUCUCCUUGAAAUCUGCCCAGAUUCGCAAUGCUGCGGAGAUUAGAUGGGUUCAUAGUGAAGCUCAGCUAUCAAACGGGCUGACCAAGAGCAACGAGCACAAGCAACUGCACCUGUUCUACCGCAUGGGCCACAAGUGGCGCAUAGUCGAAGAUGAAGAAAGAGCAGCUGCAAUGAAGAAGAGCAUCGCCAGCGUGUCUCCCCGCUCCAGGCAGGAAGCGGCCAGUGCCAUCUCUGACUUCUGCCAGAAAUAUCCAGCGGCCCGAGUCAGACCGAAUUCGCAAGAAUUGGACAAGCUUUGGGCCAAGAUUCAUGAACUGAAGCCCAUCGCAUUGACCAGUGCUUUUUACGAUGAGCUCAGCUUUACCAAUGGUGACACCUCCUGGCAACCCCGACUUCGUGUGUUAUAUGCCAUGGAGUACCUCUACAAGAAGCAUCCCACGGGAAAGGAGGUCGCUAUGAGUGUCAUGGGACAAGCCAAAGGUAUCAUUCAACACCUUACCGAGGUGCAGCAAUGUGCUGAGAAGGCGACAGAGGUCAUGAAGCUUAUCACUGGCAGGGUCAAGGAGAAGCAGGACGAUGGAGCAAAGGCGGAUGAAGAGGAGGCGGCCAAGAAGGAGAAGCCAAUCGCAAAGCCUGCAAAGGCGGCCCCCGCGCCAGAUCUGCUAGACAUGUCGGAUCCCCCCGCCGCUGCCGCGGCACCAGCCGCGACCCCGGCGCCCUCGCUGAGCGAUGUGGACCUCCUGGGAGGGCCACCGCAAGGCAGCAGCUUGCCGCAGGACCUGGACCUGCUUUCACCAGCCCCAGCUGCCCCAGCUGCCGCUGCGCCGCUGUCCCUGGGUGCCGGUGCCAUUCCCUUCACUGCCAGUGCUUCACUGCCGGGCAGUACGAGUCUCCUCUUGGGGAUGCCGUCCUCCGGGCCCAAGGCUGCAACCUUGCCACUCUUCCCCCCUUCAAGUGGCGCAAGCAGCGCAUAUGGAGGUGGCUUGGGCCAGCCCAUGGGUCCUAUGGCUCCCAUGGCUCCCAUGACGGCGGCCAAAGCGCCGUACAUCCCGUCCGUCCUGGAGACGACUCCGAAGCAGAAAGAUCCGUUUUCAUUUGUUUCUGAUCUGACUGGUAUUGGAGAUACCGCAACUGCGCCGGGACCCUGGGAGUCCUCCUGGGAUCAGGUCCUAAAGGCCUCGGUCUCCACGUUCCAGGAGGUGGUGAAGUUGUAUGAAGAUGCCUUAGCCUUCAACGAACUGCAGGAGGGUUCGUUGUUCAUCCGCGCCCAUCUCCCCACGCUCUACCACUACGCGCUGCGCGGCACCGGCGUCGCCGAGCUCGGUGUGGCCCAGGGAUGGUCCUCCAUCGCCUUCGCCCGAGCGGCACUGGAGUCCAAGGAGAGGUAUCGCUAUAGGAUGUAUGAUAUCGUACGUGCCCCUGGCGUCCAGAAGAUUUUACCUUUCCUGGUCAACUGCAGUCGGGUGGAUGUUCACUUUCGAGAAGGAGAUGUGUUGAAUCAGAGCUUUCUGCAGGAACUUGGGGCUGAAGAUGGGCCCUUUCCACCGCAUGAUUUGCUGUUCAUUGACACUUCACAUACCAGGGAACAGUUGGCUCAGGAAUUGGAGGCUUUUAGUCGCUACACCAAGCGUUAUAUCAUCCUCCAUGAUACCGAAACCUUUGGGAAAAGGGACGAGUUGGUCCAUGAUGAGGGGACGAGCAUCUCAUAUCAGCGAAAACGAAAGCUGCUGGAGGAACAGCUAGUAUUUCAUCUUCAACAGUUGAUGCAUGAGCAGGCUGUGUCGUCGCUAGAGGACCUAAGUCUCCACCUGGUGGACCAAGCAUCGCAGAAGGCCGAGCAAGACUUGGCCCAAUGGGCAGGACUUCAAAAUGCCUUGAGCUUUUGGUUACAGGGACCGGCCAAGGGGGAAUGGGAAAUCUUGGAACACUCCCUGACAGACAACGGCCUCACCGUCCUCGGACGCACCUCCAACGGCCACGGCCACGGGGCGGUCGUUUCGGCGUCGAAUGCCACGGAGCUGUGCAGAGAGCGGCUCUGGCGGCUGCGGCAACGGGCAGCCAAGCUGCUCACCUGGUCCCCCCGAUUUCCCCGAGACACAGCCCAUGCAGCGAUCCUGGAGAGAAGGAGAGCUGAAGACAUGGCACAACACCUUCGCUCGGCCAAGAGUUCCUGUCCUGGAAAUUGGGAAGUCACUGCUGCGAUGCAACUGCUGCGCUGGCACAUGUCAAGUGGUUCUGGUGUUUUGAAUGGCACUCGGUCUGCGCUUGGAGCGGUUCAGCGGCAAAGUGCGGAGCUGUUCUUUGCUGCGCUGGCGGGGUAUCAGGAUGGACCGGGUUCACAAUGGAUUAAGCUGCUUGAGGAGAGCAUCAGUCUCUGGCCCUACAGGUUGGAAGGUUGGUUCCAAUUAGCCAGGGCCCUGACUGCGCGCGCAACGCAGGGAACGCAGGGAACGCAGGGAACGCACCACUGGAGCCGGGCAGCGCACGCCUGGCGGCGUUCCCUGGUCUUGUGUGGGAGAAAUCGCUGGGUGGCUGCGGUGGCAUUGGAUGGCUUGCGCCUUUUAGGUCACGAAGCCGAGGCUAGGACCAACCUGCAACGCUUGACGGGUCUGUUGGCCGAUGAUCGUUCGCCUGAGAAGCUUUGGGAGGCAGCUGACAGGCCGAGCCCUGUGAUGCUCAUCGAAAGGCCAGAUGCUGAGAAGUGGAGAUCAUCCAACUUUUUCAGCCAUGAUGUUCAAAGGGCUAAAAGGCUGGUCGAAGUCCAAUUGCCCAUUAUCCACAAGGAUCUUCAACUGCUAAAGUCUGACCUAUGCGAUGUGAAUUCAUCCAGCUGUGAGAUCUUGGAAUACUCCGCCUGUCACUUUUCAUCCAGCUGCAAGCUGGUGCCAGGGAUCUGUAGCAUCCUCCAGGAGCUGGAAACUCAGGGUCUUCGGAUCUUAGGAUCCUCCAUGAUGGAAGCCUCACAGCUGAGUUCCCGGGUGCCCACCGAGUUUCCGGGCCGCCUUCGGUUGUGCUGUAGCCUGGAUCCCGCGACGGUUGAGUCAUCUGAGGCCUGCUUCUGGUUGGAACCUUCGGCUUCGAAAAUCUGGCCAUCUGAGAGGGUGAAGUUUUUUCUGGUGGAUUUCAUCGAUCCAAAGUACUUUUUCGAGGAAUCCCAACUGGAGAUCAGUGGAGAACCCUUCCAAAGCCUGCUGUGGCUGCAAGCUGUCCUUGCUCGCCUCGGCGAUGGGUUCGGGGAACGAAGCUUUCCGGGCUCAAGCAGCCUGCUGGACGUACCGAAACCUGCCAGAUUUUCGGGGCAGAAAAGUUGGGGACUACCGUGGAUACACUUUGCGGCAUCCUUAGACACCAUCCGCAAGGACCUUUGUGCUGUGAAAGGCCUUGCGAUUCAGUUGUCAAUGGCUUUGCAGUCGGAAGACUAUGGCAAAGCAAAGAUUCUACUUGGCAUGACCUAACUGAACGGUGUGCAAAAACCCCUUGCUGUUCUCCACCAGGAAAGUGCUUCCGCAUCAGAGAAAACCACUCCGCAGAUCUCUCGCCCGGAGGAAAACCCGAAGUGACAAAUCGUCAGAUCGGUUGGAAAACUCCACGCUGGUAGCAGAUGGCUUCGAUGGUAACCUUGGACCUGGGCUGAAAGGUCUUCGGAGUCAGGAGCCAAGAUC